AUGGGUAACGAAGAAGCAGCUGAUAAGAGAUUCACUUGGGUGAUUAAGAACUUCUCAUCUUUGGAAUCUGCGUGCUUGACCAUUCAUUCUGAUGAGUUUGUAAUCAGUGGCUGCAAAUGGCGUCUUAUGGCAUAUCCUAAGGGAUUUAAGGAUGGUAGUUAUUUGUCUCUGUAUCUGAUGGUUGCUACUCGUAAAAAUUUGCCUUGUGAAUGGAGAAGGCACGUGAAAUUUCGCCUAACUGUUGUAAAUCAACUCUCUGAUGAACUCUCCCAACAACGAGAAACAGAACAAUGGUUUGAUCGUAAUGCUACUCUCUCUGGGAAUCAUAAAAUGCUUCUCCUUAGUAAACUUUAUGCUAAGAAACUUGGAUUUCUUGUGAACGAUGAAGUCAAGAUUGUUGCUGAGGUUGAUGUUCUUGAAGUUAUUGGCGAGUUAGAUGUUUUAGAGGCAUCUCAAGAGGUAACUCAACCUUUAAAAAGGGUAAAGCUAAACGAAGAUGAUGGUGCUUCAGUAAAGGAAAGCAUUAAUGUCAAUGGGUUUCAAGUUCUUCCUUCACAGGUGGAAUAUUUGAAACGUAUAUUCGAAAAACACCCGGACAUGGCACUAGAGUUUCGAGUAAAGAACCAAACUAUGAGGACAUCAUGCAUUAAUCUCCUCCUCAACGUAAUUGAGACGUUGUGCCAGUCACUGCAAGACUUUUGUAUUGAUGACUUAAGCCAAGCAAAGAAAGCAUUGAUGUACCUGAAAGAUUCGGGAUUUAAGGUGGAUUGGUUGGAGCGUAAACUGGAGGAAGUAAGGGAAACAAAGAUCGAAGCGCAGUUUAGUAAGACUCGGAUGCAAGAACUAGAGGAAGAGCUCAAGGUGUUUAAGAAGAAGUGCUUAGACAUUGAAGCUCUACUGGAGAAAAAAAAGGAAGAACUGAAGAACUUGAAGCAAAAGUGGUUAGACAAAGAAGCUAUGCUGGAGAAAGAGAAGACAAAGGUGUUGGCUGCUGCUAAAACUCAUACUCUAACAUUGGAUGAUGUUCUCUGA